CGCCGGGCGGCCCCGCUGCCGCAAGCGCCGAGCACGGGCCCUCGCCGGCAGCAAAGGAGCCGUCCCCAGUGUGGACCCGCCGGGGCGGGCGGGAGCCCGCAGAGACUCUCCUGAGGAGCGGGAGGAGACUCCCCGGGGGCCCCGCUCGGGACGGGGGGGAGUGUCUCGAGGACGUGCACACCCAAGACCUCACGGAAGGAGGCAAAUCUCCUAAAUUGCAUAGAGAGGAGCAAGUUAUUUUGCAGAGAGACCCUCACCCAGGUGACAACCAUUCUUCAAAGCAAGCAUCCCAAGGGAGAAGUCCACUGCUGGCACUUAAAGCUUCUGUCAUGGUCAAGCCACUGAAGAACUCCAGAGCUGGUGAGCCGCACCAGCAGACAAAGGAAGAAGUUGAGGAUGUUGGGCUGUUUAUUCCAUUGGAGGAGCAAGGUGGAGAGGAAGGUGAAAGAAGGAAGAGAAAGAGGAAGGCAAUCAAGCGAAAACGGGAAGGGAAAUGCCAAGAAGAGGAGGGGUCGUUGGGCUGUGACAUCAGGCUAGAUGACGCCCUUGAUCGCACCUUGGAAGAUGGAGCAAAACAGCACAACCUGACAGUUGUCAAUGUGCGGAAUAUCCUGCAUGAAGUGAUCACAAAUGAGCAUGUGGUUGCCAUGAUGAAAGCAGCCAUCAGUGAGACAGAAGAUAUACCCAUGUUUGAGCCAAAGAUGACUCGUUCCAAGUUAAAGGAAGUAGUAGAGAAAGGAGUGGUAAUUCCUACCUGGAAUAUUUCACCAAUUAAGAAGCCUAAUGAGAUCAAGCCCCCUCAGUUUGUGGACAUUCCUCUUGAAGAAGAUGAUUCAUCUGAUGAGGAAUACCAGCCAGAGGAGGAGGAGGAGGAUGAGACUGCUGAAGAGAGUUUGUUGGAAAGUGAUGUGGAGAGCACUGCCUCUUCUCCUCGGGGACCAAAGCGACCUAGGACAAGACGCUCGUCUGAUAUGAUGGAGACGGAGGAAGAGGGAGGGACACUCUCUGAGGUCGAGAAGGUUACUACACCCCUUGUUAGGCACAUUAGUGCUGAAGUGGUUCCUAUGGGGCCUCCACCCCCUCCUAAACCGAAACAGAAUAAAGACAGCACCUUUAUGGAGAAGCUACAUGCUGUGGAUGAGGAACUGGCUUCUAGUCCCAUGUGCAUGGAUUCUUACCAGUCUCUGGAAGACAGCCUUAUUGCCUUCCGCACCCGAUCAAAGAGACCCCUGAAGGAUGUGCCUCUUGGUCAGUUGGAGGCUGAGCUCCGUGCUCCAGAUAUAACACCAGACAUGUAUGACCCAAAUACUGCAGAUGAUGAAGAAUGGAAAAGAUGGCUUGGGGGACUCAUGAAUGAUGAUGCAGAGAAUGAAGAUGAGGCAGAUGAUGACGAUGACCCUGAAUACAACUUCUUGGAAGAUCUGGAUGAACCAGACACGGAAGAUUUCAGAAAUGAUCGUGCUGUGAGAAUCACCAAGAAAGAAGUGAAUGAACUAAUGGAGGAACUAUUUGAGACAUUCCAGGAUGAGAUGGGUUUUUCCAACAUGGAAGAUGAAGGCCCAGAAGAUGAAGACAGCAUUGCAGAGUCACGACCAAACUUUAAUACACCACAGGCACUCAGGUUUGAAGAGCCUCUGGCCAACUUACUGAAUGAACAGCAUCGGACAGUAAAAGAACAGCUUGAACAGCUGCGAAUGAAGAAAUCUUCAACUAAGCAACCACAGGAGGUAGAGAGGCCAAAACCUCAAAAUGAAAAGCCACUCCAAACACUGGUUUUGGAUAAUGCACAAAGAAAGAGGCUCCAGCAGCAAAUGCAGCAGCAUGUCCAGCUCCUGACUCAAAUUCACCUUCUUACCAGCUUCAACGCCAGUCUGAGUUCAGAAACCAGCACCACUAGGAUGUUUCUGACUGAGCUGAGUAACUUUGCUCAAAGCUCCAUCCUCCUUCGCCAGCAAUUCAGUUCCAAAUUUCAAACAGUAUUCCAACCAUGUAACUUGAAGGGAGCACUGCAGCUCAUUGAUGACUUCCACACCCAGGUCAAAAUUGAUUGGAGCCCUCGCAAACCUGGGAAAAAGACUGCAAAUGAAUUUCCCUGUCUGCCAAAACAAGUGGCAUGGAUUUUGGCAACAAGAAGAGUCUUUAUGUAUCCAGAGUUGCUACCAAUAUGUUCUCUGAAGGCAAAAACUCCCCGGGACAAGAUUUUCUUCACCAAGGCAGAGGACAAUUUAUUGGCUUUAGGACUGAAGCAUUUUGAUGGGACAGAGUUUCCUAAACCUUUAAUCAGCAAAUAUCUCAUGCCACCAAAGACCGCCCACCAGUUAACAGUGAGAAUCAAGAAUCUCAACAUGAACCGAGCCCCUGACAAUAUCGUCAGAUAUUACAAGAAAACAAAACAGUUGCCCAUCUUGUUCAAGUGUUGCGAGGAGGUCCAGCCUCAUGAGUGGAAACCCCCUGUAGAGAGAGAAGAACAUCGCCUGCCCUUCUGGCUGAAGGCAAGUUUAUCCUCCAUUCAAGGAGAACUGAAACAGUUAGAAGAUGCAAGAGAGACGACGGGUUCACCCUGUGCAGAGUCUGAUUUUGUGAGGACAGGAAAAGAAACAGCAGAUGCAGAAUGUGAUGGAAAGUACCCUCUGCUCUUGCCCAAGGGAAUAGUGUUGAUGCUGAAGCCCCUUGCCAACCGUUUCUCUAGGAGAGUAUGGAGGAGGCAGAGGUCUGCAGCCCUCAAGCCUCUCCUCAUUCGACCAAGUCCGUGCAUGCAGCCUAGUUCCAAUACCAUCAAUGUCCAGAAAACUGCUGUAAAGUUAUCCCAAUCAGAAGCUCCUCCAAGCAAAGUUGUGGUCCACAUUCCCCGGUUAAUCCAGCCAGCUACUGUUAUGCAGACUGUGCCUGGAAUGCAGCAUCUGAACAUCCCGUCUGGAGUAGGAAGUGGGGAAAGCCUGGACUUUCAGAACGCUCUCUCCACUCUACAUUCUGAUUCCAGAACUUGUCUUCCUGCUGGUGUACCGUCAGCACUGAUAACCUCAACCCCUGUGACUUUUCAGCCAAAAAUGGUCCUUUCAACAUUGGCUGCAUCGAAGAUCCGCAAGCCUUGUGUUCGCAGGGGAUACCAAAGGAAAAAGGGUGCAAAGCCUUCCCCUCUACUAAAAACUGCCCCUCUGAUCCAGCCGGCCCCUGUCAUCCUCACUGUACCAGCUGCCACAGUGAAAGUGGUUAAUAUUGGCAAUGGAUGCAAUAUGAUUCAACCCAUAAAUACAGCAGUUGGCAGAAGCAGUCAAACUAUUCCAGUAACUACUUUGUUGGUAAAUCCCACCACCUUCCCAUGCCCAUUGAAUCAACCUCUUAUGACUUCCUCAGUCCCUCCUUUGAUAGUCUCUUCAAAUGCUGUAGGUCUUCCUAGUUCAUCAACUGCUGAAGACAAAGAGCAAGUGAAUCCAAUCACCUCUUGUUCUGCUGUAAAUGAUGAAAAUUCCUACCCUAUAGUGGAGCCUAAAGUGGAGCACCCAGAUCUACACUCUUCAUGCCCUGCCAUCUCCCCUAAGAAGGAACACAACAUAAAUCUGGCUGCUGCCAUCAGUGACAGCCAGGAGAAGACUAAUGAGGGUGACUGUUGCAGUUGGACAGCGGAGGAGAAAGCCUUAGAGCCAUUACCUUUAGAUCUUGUGCAUUUAGGGACUUUAAGAGAAACAGUAAAAACUGAACCUGAAGAUCCCAGUGAUGUCCUCGAGGAAAACUUAACCCAGAAAAGGCAAGACUUUGCAUGUGUUGAGAUAAAAGAGGAAUUUGUGUUAGAUCUUAGGCAGGAGCUGGACAUGGAGGCCACAGCUGAACAUCUAAAUGAGCAGAAGGAAAUUAAAAAAGAGUGUGCUGCCCAGGACGAAAAGGGAGGAGAGGAAGAGAGAGGGAUGCAUCCAGCCACCCAAGAUGAACAGGAGUUGGAAGCAGCAGGUGUGACUGGGGCAGAAGUGAGUGAGUCUCCCAAGAAUGUUACAACAGAUGCUAAAGCAGAGUCCAGUAGCCCACUGGAAAAACCAGAGGACUUAUCCAGCAUGGAUGGUCAGUCUGUGGGGACACCAGCUGGUCCUGAGGCAGGAGGAGAGAAGGAUGGCCAGGAAGAGGAAGAAGAGGAGGAUUUUGAUGAUUUUACUCAAGAUGAGGAGGAUGAAGAAAUGUCAUCUGCAUCGGAAGAGUCCGUGCUAUCUGUCCCAGAACUUCAGGAGACCAUGGAAAAACUUACCUGGCUUGCAACUGAGAGGCGUUUGAGCCAGGAGGGAGAUUCUGAAGAAGAGAAUUCUCAGGAGGAGAAUUCUGAGCCGGAGGAGGAGGAGGAGGAGGAGGGAGAAGGGGAAGGAAUCGAGAGUUUACAGAAAGAAGAUGAAAUGACAGAUGAUAUCACUGAAGAUGCAGCAAUGGAGCCCAAGUCCACCUUCACUUCGACCAAAAUUGCCCCAGAGGUGGAAACAAACAGAACACCACCAGGUGAUGCUGCAAAAGUCCCUGGAAAAAACAGGAGUUCCUACAGAGCCAGGAAUAAGAGAGGACGAACUCGUGCCAGCAAGGACACCUCUAAGUUGCUGCUGCUCUUUGAUGAAGACAUUCUGGAGAGAGACCCUCUGCGAGAACAGAAGGAUUUGGCAUUUGCACAGGCCUAUCUGAACAGGGUACGUGAAGCCUUGCGUUCUGUUCCUGGGAAGUAUGAAGACUUCCUUCGUGUUAUCUAUGAGUUUGAGACCAGCUCUGACAAGCGGACGGCUGUGGACCUCUACUCCACCUUGCAGAACCUUCUGCAUGAGUGGCCACAACUGCUCACAGAUUUUGCUGCCUUUCUUUUACCAGAACAAGCUCUGGAAUGUGGACUGUUUGAAGAGCAACAAGCAUUUGAAAAAAGCCGGAAGUUCCUUAGGCAGCUGGAAAUCUGUUUUGCUGAAAAUCCUGCCCACCAUCAAAAGAUUAUCAAAGUCCUGCAGAGUUGUGCAGACUGCCUCCCCCAGGAGAUCACAGAGUUGAAGACCCAGAUGUGGCAGCUGCUGAAAGGACACGACCACUUGCAGGAUGAAUUCUCUGUCUUCUUUGAUCACUUACGACCAUCAGCCAGCCGCAUGGGAGACUUUGAAGAGAUUAAUUGGACAGAGGAGAAAGAGUAUGAGUUUGAUGGGUUUGAAGAGGUGUCAUUACCAGAGGUAGAAGAGGAAGACGAAGCCCCCAAGCUGCACACAACCUCGAAAAAUAGAAAGAGGAAAGAGAUUGGAGGCCAGAACAAUGACAAGGAGAUGGAGUGGGCAGAUGGGGGGAAAGAAUGUUCGUGCUCCUGCCAUGAAGGGAGUAGUGACCUCAAACUAAAGAAGAGCAAGAGGAGGACUUGCAGCCAUUGCAACAGUAAGGUGUGUGAUAGCAAAUUCUAUAAAAAUAAAGAUUCCCAGGAGCUUACUGGCAGCCUCUCUCAACAAGAGUUGAGCCCUCAACCUGAAGGAAAGGAUCCUGGGAUGUGUAAAGAGUCUGCAGAAGACAACCUGGAGUACAGAGAUGUGGAAUGUGUCCAGAGCAGAGUAAAGACCAUGUCUAGGAAAGCAGAUUCUCUGGCUUCAGGGUCUCGCCAGGAAGGAAAGAUGAUCUUAUGCAGAGCUGUGUCUUCUGAAGGAGGAACACUUCCUGAUAGUCAGCUCUCAGAAAUGCAGUCUGCAAAAGCUGGUAUUACAGAUGCUGCAAAGGGAAGUCAAUGUGGCAGCACUCCUGGUUGGCCCCAUGUACAAAGAGUUAAUCUGAAGCUAACUCAGCAGACAAAGAACAGCCUUUGCACAGUAGGAAGUAAUAGUGAAGUAAGACUAAAUCAGAAACAUCAAGGAGAUGGCCCUGCCAAGGACAUUUUAGGGUCUGCAUCUGCUAAAAGGAGAGGCUUCACAGGGGCUGGUUCAAAUCCUGGAAGGAGUUUGCAACAGAACACAGCCUCUCAGUCACAUUCAUCAGCAAAACCUACUGUCCUUGAAGGAAAACUUGAAGGAAGGCAAAACUGGGCUACACCAGUCACAAAACUAGAACUGAAGGCACUGGGUAACAGCUCACGCUCACAGGCCUCCAGUAACCACAUUGUUUCAGAAACAGAUUAUACAGUCUGUGCUGGAGAGUCUCCUGUUGACCUGAAAGCACAGGGCAAGCUCAAGGCAAAUACCUGUGAGUGCAUUUUCCAAGUGCAGCAACAGUCUGAGGAGCUGGAGUAUAGAGCAGCUCCUGCCUCCUUGGAACAGAGAGAAGAGGAGCUGCAACAGAAAGUCAUGGAAGCUACUGUGUGCGCAAAAAACAGCAAAGUCAGCUCUACAGGGGAGAAGGUUGUUCUCUGGACAAGGGAGGCUGACAGAGUCAUCCUAACCACCUGCCAGGAGCGAGGAGCCCAUCUGGAAACCUUCUGUGCCAUUUCACAGAAACUGGGCAAUAAAACUGCUAAUGAGGUUUCCCAUCGAUUUAAGGAACUAAUGAGGCUCUUCCACACAUCCUGUGAUGGGAGCUCUGAGGAUGAAGAAGAUGCAACAAGCACCAGCAAUGCAGACCAGCUGUCAGAUAAAGAUUUGCUCCUUUCUGAGGAAGAACAGGAUGACUGAAGCUUUAGGUUGUUAAAGAAACUACUUCAAAAAGGUAGCUGCUGGCCAGUUUGCUGCUAGAUGGAUGCUCUGGUGGAGGUAGGCAUGAGUGUUUGCACAGGGCUGUACUUCAUACGGCACCUUAUUUUUUUGGGACGACAUACACCUGUGACAAGCUGUAUGCCUACGUAAGCACAGACCUGAAUCUGUCACGUGAAGCAUUGUUGGGACAACAUUAUUCAGCCACCUUUCAAAGGAGAAUUUUGUAAGGAUUCUGUGGAAAACAGGUGAUUGAGUACAGUGGCUUAGACACUGGAUCCAUAGCCACUCUGGGUUGUGAAGCCCUACACUAAGUAGCCCUUUGAAGUCUACUGGAUUAUUGUGGAUAAUGCAGUUAAACUUCUCAUGUAAAUAGUGUAUCACAACAUGCCAAUGCUUUCUUGGGAAGUAAAUACUUUCCCAGUUUUA